UUCGGCCAAUGGUUUGCGUUUUCGUGUAUGUACCCAAUCAUUCCUUUUGCUCCUGACUGCUGCUGCCGCCGCUAUAUACAGGAAAAUCAACAAUGGCACUCGUUCGAAACCGCUUUAAAAACGCCAUCGUGUGCUAAUCAAGAUGUCAAUCGUAAAACCGAUUGCGGACAGUCGUUUCGAGCGAGAAUAUAAAUAUUAGUAGAUAAUACAAAUAUCAGAUAUUUCAUUGGCCGAAAGAAUUUUUAUCGGUUCACGCGCCUUUUAUACAGAAUAUAGACUGAGGAAAUCAUAACCUCUUUCGUCGAAUCACCCGAUCCAGCGAUUGUAAACAAGUUUUUUUUCGCUCGAUAUAAAGAAAUAAAACAUUGAGUCGACAGUAUGAUCGAUCAGAACGUCAUUGCUUUGUGUUUCUUGGUUUGUUCAGCAGCCGUUACUAAUUUCUCCAUACACAGAAUCGAAGAGGGCCAUGUGGGUGUUUAUUUCCGCGGAGGAGCUCUUUUGCCACAAAUCAGUAAUCCUGGAUUUCACAUGAUGAUUCCACUAUUGACGUCGUUUCGCUCGGUCCAAGUAACGCUUCAGACGGAUGAGGUCAAAAAUGUUCCUUGCGGCACUAGUGGCGGGGUCAUGAUCUACUUCGAUCGAAUUGAAGUUGUCAAUAUAUUGGAUGCAAACAGCGUUCACAGUAUGGUGCGAAACUUUACGGCAGACUAUGACAAGACUUUGAUAUUCAACAAAGUUCAUCAUGAGUUGAAUCAAUUCUGCUCGGUUCACACGCUCCACGAGGUUUAUAUAGAUCUGUUUGAUCAGAUCGAUGAGAACCUCAAGACUGCGUUGCAAAAAGAUUUAAACGAAUUAGCUCCCGGUCUGAGUAUUCAAGCAGUGAGAGUAACAAAGCCAAAAAUUCCAGAAACAAUAAGGAAAAAUUACGAGCUUAUGGAAGCUGAGAAAACAAAAUUGUUGAUAUCAACCCAGCAUCAAAAGGUGGUUGAAAAAGAUGCUGAGACCGAUCGAAAAAAAGCUCUGAUCGAGGCUGAAAAAGAAUCUCAAGUUGCAAAGAUUCACUACGAUCAAAAAAUCAUGGAAAAAGAGUCGCUGCAAAGAAUGGCAUCGAUAGAAGAUGCUAUGCAUCUUGCACGUGAGAAAAGUCGUUCGGAUGCUCAUUUUUAUCAGACGAAGAGUCAGGCAGAAGCUAAUAAAUUGUUGCUAACCCGAGAAUAUCUUGAACUUAAAAAAUACGAUUCGCUCGCCCAAAAUUCCAAAGUUUAUUACGGUCAAGAUAUCCCUAAAAUGUUUGCAUUGGGUGGUUGCUCAAACGAUCUCAAUUUAGGUACCUCCACCACUAACAUCGCGGACAACACUCGUUAAAAAAAACAACAAAUUCAUCGGGUAUUAUUAUCAAUAAUCUACGAGUUUGUAAAUAUAUUAAUAUUACACUCUAAUUUGUAUUCCAAACCAAAUAAAUAAAUCUGUUCCAAGAGGUGA